AUGGCAGCGACCGACGCGACUCGGGCGCUCGAGGCGCUGCAACGCCUUGAAGCAAAACAAGAAAUAUCCAUCAUCAAACUCAGCGAAACCAUCACCGAUCCCGCAGAACAAGGCUCACGGCAAAGAGCAUCCGACGCAUCAAAUUCACUUCUCGAUGGCCCUACACCAGCCGGCCUGGAGGCCGACCUAGCACACUACACCGAGUUAUUCGCAAAGCUACGAUUUUCCUACGUCGAGCAAGUCACCAAGGAGAAGUUCAUCCGCGCCAUCGUCGGCGACCCGCCACUAAUCGUCACAAUGCAAGAGAACCUGGAUCUAGAAAAGGAAAACUCGGCAGCCAAGGCGGAACUCAAGUCGCUCAAGGCCCAAGUCGCAUCCAUGGUGACGGAGCUCGAGAAGAGGGGACGGGAGCUCAGCCAGCGAUACGAAGCCGUGCAACUCGACACAGCGAAACUGCAAGAAUUGCCAGCCAAGACGCAAGAACUCGAAGAGCGCGUCGAGAAGCUCAGGGCGGCGCAGGAGUUCCACGGCGCGAACCCCAAUCUCAAUUUGCCUCUGGCCAAGACGCUUGGCCUGGUAGAGCGGCGCAGGGCUGAGCAGCAGCAACUGGCGCGGGAGCUUGAAGCUCUGCGGGCCAAGGUGCCCAGGAAGCAGAAGGAGGCAGAGCGUUUGCAGGCCGAGCUGGGACCAUUGGAGGCCAAGCUCCAGACGAGUACUGCGGCCGCACGUGAAGCACAGAGGAGGAAAGAGGCGGCUCUUGGCGGCGUGGCAGAUGACUUGGAGCAGCGGGCACGGUGGUGGAGGGCGAGCGAGGAUGUGUUGAGGCAGGUUUUGGAUCUGAAGACGUAG